AUGACUCGGGAUCCAGACAAUAAUCACUCGCCCUGGCCCUUGGUCCAGGGCCAGCUUUCAUCAGAAAACGAUGGCCCGCGCAGGCGCGUGCCCGUUAAGCUGCGCGAAACCAACCGCGCCGGCCAGUAUCUACUCACUACCGAGGAUUCUGAGAUGCUCCAGGAAAUCCUAGACAUCCAUUUAGAGAACCCGGGCGUGUCUUGGAAGGGGCGCUUCCGCUUCCGGGACCUGACGUUCACCCGGCAGCUCAGCACCUUCGACCGCCAGAACCCCACGUUUACCUCGUCGCAGUUCCGUGGCUUCUUUGUCCUCUUCUGGCUGGGGGUAGUUCUUUUGUUGGUCAGGGUCGCGGCCAAUAACUGGCGGGCCUACGGCACACUCUGGGGCAAGAAUGAGAUCCUGCGCCUCAUGUUCGAUAAAGAUGUCCUGGUCCUCGGAGUGACCGAUUUGGUGCUGUGCUGGUCCCCGGCGCUUUGUCUGGUGCUCCAAUCUGGCAAGCGUCAUACCUGGGUGUUGCAAUCUGGUGGACUUAUCAUCGCGAUUGGCCAUGGACGCAUACCGUUUUCAUCGUUCUACACUCGUUGA